AUGGAGGAGUCGCUUGACGUAGAGGAGUUCGUCGACACGAGGCUGUCCCUCUCCCUCGUCAUCGGCGCCGGGAUCCGACCAGCACCGCCGGUGCAGGCGCUGCUGCCAGCAUCGCCGCGACCUGGAAAUGAAGCGACGGCGGCGGCUAGGAAGAGGAAGGGACCAGAGAGCGGUAGAGAUGGUUCCACUGCUACGACAGGGCAACAUGGCAAGAAGGCCAGGAGAGUGCUUGGCGGCAGCUGCGUCGACGACGACGGAGGUGUCGCGGCCGACAGCGGCGCGAGGAAGAAGCUCCAGCUCACGGCGGACCAGGCGGCGGUAAUGGAGAAAAGCUUCCGCGCCCACAACGUCCUGUCUCAUGGUGAGAAGCACGAUCUGGCGCGGGAGCUCGGGCUGAAGCCGAGGCAGGUAGAGGUGUGGUUCCAGAACAGGAGGGCGCGGACCAAGCUGAAGCAGACGGAGCUCGACUGCGAGCUGUUGCGCCGCUGGUGCGAGCGUCUCGGCGACGAGAACGAGCGGCUCCGGCGAGAACUCGCCGAGCUGCGCUCAUCCUCGUCGUCGUCGGCCUUCUUGUCCAGGCUCACGGCCGCUGUGAGGGUCAACGAAGCGUGCCCGUCCUGCAAUAAGCUUGCCGCAACCGGGUCCGGGUGUCGUCCUAAUAGCCGAGAUUGA